UCUCUUUCUUUCUUUCUAUAUUUUCUCAUCUCUAUCUUCUCCUUCUUCUCCCCCCAAUGCAGAAAAAACCCUAACUAGACUAGGGUUCACUUUUGUUUCACAUAAGGGAGCUACAGACAUGCAAGUUUAUGCAACUUUUCUACUACAAAUCUAAUAUAUUGUGACAACCGACAUCGUGGGAUCUGACGAUUACCUUUACUUAAUUGGUUACAUUCCAUAUCGAAGAUAGACAGCGAGCAUGCCUUGCUUCAAUAAGAUUUAAGAGGAUUGUGUUUUUCCUGGUAAUGGCGUCGAAGGUUUGCAUGAAUGGUUUUUGUCAGGCCACAUCCUCAGUCAAGUGGAGGAAAGGGUGGGAUCUUCGAUUUGGUGGUGUAGCAACUCUUUGUGAUAAGUGCGGGUUUGCUUAUGAACAAUUGGUAUUUUGUGAUACCUUCCAUGUUAAAGAAUCUGGUUGGAGAGACUGCAGUUCUUGUGGCAAGCGACUUCACUGUGGUUGUACUGCUUCAAAGUCUUUGUUUGAGCUACUUGAUAAUGGCGGUGUAGAGUGUCUUGGCUGCAUGAAGAGAUUGCACUCCUCUAUGCCAAGCGAUGAAAAGCCAAAUGGUUUUGGCAAAGAGGAAAACUAUAGCAAUGGGAUAGGAAAUAUAUUGCAAAUGGGCAAGAAUACAGAGGGCAAUGAGCAUAUUAAUUUGCUUCAGUAUCUGAAAAAUGAUACAAAUGGGUCUUUGUGCCAAAUGAAAAUAGAACAAGGCAUGCGUUCUGUUAAGGAAGUGGACUGCAAAAAGCCACCUGUUGUUGCAAGACCAGAGGCUGCUAACAGUAUGCUGUCACAAUUACGUAUUGGAAGACUACCUGAAGGACGGGGUAGAAGCCAAAUGCUUCCGCGGUAUUGGCCAAAGAUUACAGAAGAAGAAUUGCAGCAAAUAUCUGAAAAUUCAAACUCCAAAAUUGUGCCUUUGUUUGAGAAGGUUUUGACUGCAAGCGAUGCCAGUCGAAUUGGUCGCUUAGUUCUCCCAAAAGCAUGUGCUGAGGCAUAUUUUCCUCGGCUAUUGCAACCAGAAGGCCGACCUUUGAAGAUUCAAGAUGCAAAGGGGAACGACUGGGGGUUUCAGUUUAGAUUUUGGCCUAACAAUAACAGUAGAAUGUAUGUCUUGGAGGGUGUAGCACCCUGCAUGCAGUCAAUGCAAUUAAAAGCUGGUGAUACAAUAACAUUUAGCAGGAUAGACCCUGAAGGAAAACUUAUGGUUGGAUCCCGAAAGGCAUCUAGCUCCGGUCCUCAGCACAUAACUCAAUCCGAUAGCUACACCACGAUUAGAAGCCAAGAUUGUGGAAAUUCGUAUAAUGGGGUUCCAGAGGAUUUAAAUCCAAAGAAACUUGAAAAUCUUCUCAGUCUUAAUAUGAAUUUUAAGAAGCGCAGAAGUGCGGGAGGUGAAAAGGCAAACAAAAAACAUGAUCCUGAUUUCAGCCUAGACAAUAUCAAGAGGCGGAGAAUUGUAGAAAGCGAAAAGACAGACGAAGAUUAUGAACCCUUCUCUGGCCUAGAGACACUAGCUGCUACUGCGGUUCUUGAAGAGAACUUGGGUGAAUUGGAUACCGCUUUUCUUACAACCGCCAACGAGCAUCCACAACAUCAUCCUGGAUGCAGGUGCACUAUUUGCAUCAAGCCCCCAAGCAGGAGAGGCCCUAAAAAAAACCCUGCUGAUAUUGUGUAAAUAACAUUUUUCCUUCUCUUCGAGGCAUUACGCCAUUACCUGUAUAUAACUUCAAUUUUGUUGCGCUUAUAGGAUUUUCAUACAACAGUAGCCUAGGACCCUUGAUGGAGCUUGUCUGUAACAUGUACCCUACUUUGUGGUUAGGUCAUAGUUUAUAGUUUCCGAGAUAGUGCUUAGCAGCAAACCUUGAAUAAUUUGGAUUUGCAGGAAACGGAGGGCCUGGAGUCAAUUUAUAUUCAAAAAUUAUAAAAAUAUUAGCCCUCCCUGGGAAUUGGAUUCUAA